CAGUAAAUGACAUUAAUUAAACAAUCAUCAAAGUAAAUUUAUUUUGUGACAUUCAGCGUCGAGACAAAUUAUGCAUUUCAUAUAAUUAUACCAAUUAAAGAUUAUGGGCUAUUUAAUUAUUAUAAAACAUAUAGAUAAUUAAUUCUCAUGAUCACAUGCUAACCACAACAGACAUCUCAUUUUAAUAGGCUCCUUUUAUCCAAUCAUGAACAAGCAAGAUACUGUUAAACAAGAUAUGCAAAUUUGUGUAAGAGGUAUAAAAGGAGCUUAGGAAAAAGAAUUAUACACUAUAAAUUGUCUUUAAACCAUAUACAGUUGUACAACCGUAGGUCCUCAUUCAAAAUGGAGAAUAAAACCCAGUCAUUUGAGCAACUGAUGCUGAAAGUUGUUUAUGACGGGGAUAUAAAGAAUUUAAUGAAGUUGUUGCGUUUUGGAAUAAGUACAAAUAUUUUCGACAACAAUGGUGACCCACUGUUAUUCACACCGAUAGUUAAUGGACACGUUGACAUGUUAGAUGCCUUGUUGACGCAUGGUAAAUGUGAUCUGGACAAAUCAAGUCAGGAAUACCGAACACCCUUGAUGUUAGCAGUUGAGAUGGAUGAUAUCAGAAUGAUAAGGCAUCUUAUCAGAGCAGGUGCUAAUGUGAACACAAUCGACAAUUUAGGCAAGACUGCGUUACUGCUUGCUUUGGAAGAGGGAAAAUUUGAAAUAGCGGAAUAUUUAAUCAAACACGGUAGCGAUGUUAACAGUGUGGAUGACUUAGGUCAGUCAGCAAUGUUCCACAUUACUAGUGGAGAAAGGAGAGACUGCUCUAGAAUCAUCAAGAUCCUUCUUCAAUGUGAUUACAAGAUCAAAGAAAAUAUUGAUCAGAUUUCAAGAGAAGAAAUUGCCACGUAUCAAAAGCAACAAGAAAAGAAAAUACCUAACUUAGUGAGAAAAAUAAGCCUGAAAAUGAAAAGAUUACCCAGUGUUAGAAAAAGUUCACGGAUUACCAAAUUCUCUUGAAAGAGUUGUGUAAAGUGAUAAUACUUUCCGUUCCCUUCGGAGGAUCUCCACAGCCUUCUCCCUCACAGCUGGCAGAACUCUUUCAAUAGACCUUUUUGUUUCGAUUUCGAGAAUAAGAGUCUUUGGAAAAGGGAAAUAAGUCAGCUUAAAAGUCAAAUGAAGAGGUUUUGAUGUGGUGAAGCAUUAAUCUAAAGAAAACAGAAUCAUAUGCGAUUGUAAACAUAAACAAUGAACAUACAGAAGUUCCUAGAUGAACUUUUACUAGAACAGUCAGAAUAAACACAGAGUCGUCCUGUGAUAUGACAGAAUUCAAACUUGACAGACUUGCUGUGAACACUGUCAGAAAGUUCUAAUUAUUAUUGAUUAUUGAGAAAUAAAAUCAUUU